UAGAGAUCGACUCGAGUGCUAAACCAAGGGACUGCGUACUUCCGAUAUGUUUUGGCGCGUGCGGUGUCACUUUUGUGGCACCAGACAGCCGUAUAGCAAGUCUGUCACCAAGUUCCAGUGCAAUACCUGCGAGGCCAUCAAUUUCCUCGACGGCAAAGGAAACAUUGUCGAUACUCCUGCAAAUGUCGCCGCGAAUACCCUCGAUCCUCAACAGCAGGAAUCACUCCUCUCCUUGACACGUUCGCAGCGUAGCGCCAGCACCAGCCAGAAUCAGCCAUCAUUCUGUAGCACAUGCACGCAGAACCAGCACCUUUACAACUCAAUACUGGCGGAAUACCUGCCCGAUGAGAGUCAUCCUAGCUAUGCUGCAAAGGAACGAGCUCUUUCAGAGUACAAGAAAGAGCUGGAAAAGCGCUAUCCGCUGGUCUGCAAGCGAUGUGCGCCGAUGGUGCAGGGCAGGAUAAACAAGGCAGACUACUUUGGCAUAACUCAGAAUGCUGCGAGGCUGGGCGCAGCAACCAAAGCUCGAGGCGGAAGGGCAGCAUAUCGCACUCGCGACGAUGCCUGGAAGAAGAUCAUGCGCAAUGUGCUGCGGCUCAUUGGCUUUGUGCUCUACCUGGGCCUGCUUGCACAAGUCGGCUUCCAUUUGUACGCCAUCCUCUCGACGUGUCUCUCGUCUGCCGCACUCCCGGAGGAGCCUGAUACUAUCGAGGAGAGCGAGGAAUACUUUGCGCCAACAAUCAUGCAAUGCGCGAAACGGGUAACACGAUUUACGUUCGACAUUCCAUGCUAUAAUCUGUUCAGCGCCUUCAUUCCACGCACCUUCGCACUGGCGGCAAUCUUCCUUUGGUUCAAUCCAGGAAUCAAGGCUUGGUAUCAUCACACGCGCCGCAUUGAAGCUGUCCAUGGGCAGAACAACUACUUCUAUAUGCAAGUAAUCAUCCUUGCAAUUCGGAGCAUGGCGUGGUACACUGUUUCGGACACCACGCAAAUAGCGAAGCUUGAUAAAGAACAUGUCGUUGCUAUACACGGCUUCGCCAUCCUUUUCAUGCUCAUGACACAGGCCAUCGCGAACAGAAGCAUUGUACUGCAGAAUUGGACGAUGAAGGGCAAGAUGAUGCCCAAGCCUGAGGAACAAGACAUUCUCACGGAAACAGCGGCUGAGCCAGAGCCACACUUCACAUCGAAACCGUCGUCAAAUGAUCCUUGGAAAUAUCUUCGAAGAGAAGAGCAGCCGUCCUGGGAUAGUCUUCUGGCACCGAAAGAAAAGCAGCCAAUACUGCGACCCAGUGUCGGCCUCUAUAAGCCUCCACCAUCGCCAGAAGAUUCUGAAUUUGGCGACGAAGACGCUAUGGAGACAGACUAUCGACCAGUCAUGCGCUCGUCGCAGCGCCUGAACAUGCAGCAGCGACCACGCUUGGAGCCAACGCAUACCUAUGUGAAUCAUUCGAAUGCACCGCCGCUCGGCUUUGGAGAUGUCAGGGACGGCUUAUCAGGUGUAGAAUACCAGAUGCGCGCCGCAGAAGAGCGUCGACAGCAAGAAGAACAACAGAAAUUGCAGCAUUUACCAGAGCGAAAGUCACCAUUCUACGGUAGCUUGCCACCGGCACCGAUGAGCAUGGAGAGACGACUUCGCAACCCAGUGCUGAGACCGACGGAGCCAGAGAAAGUGCCGCUCAGUCAGCAGAAAGACUUCAUGGCGCAGAUGCGUAGAGGCGUAAAGGCCGUACAGUUUCCAGAGAAGGGCAGCAACUUUGAACUCAAGAAGAGCACUUGGGUACUUCCGAGUGAUAAGAAGGAGUUGGGCUUUGAGGAUAGAUUCAUGAACACCUUUUCGUUGCAAGAUGGGAGUCCGGCUGGACAGAAGAAGGGCUUGUUUGGGCUCUGGUAGACCACGACAUAGCACGGAGUGGCAGACAUCUUGAUUUGGAUAAAGGGCGUUUGAACAGGGUUGGUUUGGUAAUGUACAGCAUGCGCGAGCGUUUGUGUUGAUGAUGAGAUGACAAGAUACCCUAUUCGCGCAGCAUGGCGAAGAGCAUGAGCUUGAGCUUGAUGCUCAGUAGUGUGUGAAGCAUAGCAGAUGUCUGAACCGGUGCAUUUUCUGUGCCCAGUCGCCGGAGCGACUUCUUGGCAUUAGCAGACUUCAAGGAUGGUCUAUCGCGCUCUCCUCCAUGACUUCAUCUCCUCGGGCAUGGACAUGGACAUGGAAGUCGACACGUCGCAGUCUCCGGCGUACCCACAGGCUCGACAGCAUCGCACUCACGCUCGAAGCCGACAUCAUAGUUCCAGCCAGCCAUGGCAGCAUCGACCUGCAAUCCCCAGUGCUCUGCGACGCCGAGAGCGAGCGACACAGCAAAAAGAUUGUACGCGAUGGCCCACCAUGCAUUCCAUCUAGCUUGACGCGCAGUCAACCUUGCGAUGUCUAGCACUUCUGGUACUCGUGCAAGAUUUGGAGACGUGACGAUGACAUUCGAGGUCUGCCAAUUUGUGGAGGCGGCGGGUGAGUGAGCCAGCGACCGUCCUGGCGAGAGAUCUUCCACCCAUCUCUCAAGCUGCACAUGACUGCUGGCGCUUCGGGUCGAAUGGUGUCCUGGAGACGAAGGCUUCCAACAAUUUCCCCAUCAAAUCACACGUACACCGUACUUUGCUGAGUACGCCAUCAAGUGCACUGACCGCGCGUUGCACAGCGCUUACGCAGGCUGCACAUGUCAAGCCCUCGAGGACGAAUCUCGAUGCCACAAGACGG